AUGUCGCAGAAGAGACAGCAGGAGGAUGGGUUUUUCAAGGCUCGAUCAGAAGGCAACCCUUCCGAAGAAAAGCGGCGAAAAGUUCCUUCUUUCAGAAGUGUUGUGCUGGAGGUGAUGAGCUUGCGUAAAGUCCAGCCUAUUAUUGAGCCAGUUUUGGAGCCCUUGAUUCGUAGAGUUGUAAAAGAAGAAGUUGAGCUGGCUUUGAGAAAAUAUUUGUCCAGCAUGAAGUGGAAUUGUGGGAAAGAGAUGCACCCUUCUGAAUCAAGAAGCUUACAAUUACAGUUCUUAGACGCCAUCUGUCUCCCAGUAUUUACUGGAACUCGUAUUGAAGGAGAAGAAUGUACCACUUUAAAAGUAGCUUUAAUUGAUGCUCUUUCUGGGGAAUUUGUUUCCAGUGGGCCUGAAGCCGCAGCAAAGGUGGAAAUAGUAGUACUUGAGGGAGAUUUUGAUGGUGACGAAGGAGACAACUGGUCACUUGAAGAGUUUAAGAAUAAUAUCGUUAGAGAAAGGGAAGGGAAGAAACCCCUUCUUAGUGGGGAUGCUCUUUUGAAUCUUAAAGAGGGCAUUGGUUUGGUGGGUGAGAUUUCUUUCACAGAUAAUUCCAGCUGGACAAGGAGUCGUAAAUUCAGGCUGGGAGCAAGAGUUGUAGAAAAAUUUGAUGGAAUCAGAGUAAGAGAAGCAAAGACUGAAUCCUUCAUUGUCAGGGAUCAUCGUGGAGAAUUGUACAAGAAGCACCACCCCCCAUCUCUUCUGGAUGAAGUAUGGCGGCUAGAAAAAAUUGGCAAAGAUGGAGCUUUUCACAAGCGGUUGAGUAAAGAAAAAGUCUACACAGUGAAGGAUUUUUUGACUUUACUGUUCCUAGACCCUACAAGGCUUCGAAAUAUCCUUGGGACAGGUAUGUCUGCUAAAAUGUGGGAAGUUGCAGUGGACCAUGCUCGGACAUGCGAAAUUGAUAAGAGGUGCUACUUGUACUGUCCUUCUGGAUCUCAACACAAGGCUGGUGUAGUUUUCAAUGCUGUGGGGCAGUUGAUGGGAAUUCUUUCAGAUUGCCAAUAUAUUGCCACUGAUAAGCUAUCUGAAACGGAAAAGGCAUGUUCCCCUGCUGACGCCCACAACUCGGUAAUUUCUGCGUUUAGAAACUUCGAGGAUGUAGUCUCUUUUGAUGAUGAGGCCUCUCUUACGGAUGGCCUUUUGCCCAUGUCCAAUGGUCUUUACCCCUCAAAUUCAGCCAUCACAGGGAGUUCUGAUGGCAAUAAGGAUUUGGCAUCCGAAAAAGUGGGCAAAUCUGAUUGUAUGCAGCUAAGUGCCUCUUCCCCAGACAUCAUGCCAUCCAUCUAUUCCAUUGGGGGUGUUAGCUUGGAUGAUUAUGGGUUGCAAAGCAUUGACUCCAUGGAUGUUAUGUUCGACCAACCUUUGAGUUUUCCAAGCCAAGUGGCGAACCCUUUGAUCAUUGGCACUGACUCCAUCCCACAAGACUUCUGUGAGGAUGAGCAGCUUCAGUAUUUUGAUUCUGACUUUUCCCUUCAGAACGCGAGUCUCGAACCACAUUCUGAUCUACAAUGUGUUGUUAAUGACUUUAUUUUGGCUCGUUCUACAGCUUUUGCCAUAGAUAAAGCUAAGAAGCGAUGGACAAUGUUGUUUGGGGUACUGAGAUGGUUUUCAAUAACGAAGACUGUGGCAAGAAAAAUUCGUUUUCGACAAAAGCAGAGAUACUGUUAG